CCGAAACCCCGCUAGCUUGACGUCCGCCUCCAUGCCUGCGGUCUUCUUGACCCAGUCUGAGCGGAGCAGCGCCGCCAGUCCAACUUCACUUGCCGAGCCGAGCGGUACCGGCUGGGCGCACGUGACGAAGACAACAUGAGCGAGGGCGCCAGGUUCGGACUCUGUGGACUGCGGCGCACUGUGGACUGGACCGGAAGGACCUGCUGCUAGUACCUGCUAGUAGAAGUAGUGGACAAGUCGACGCUCGUGUCAAGACGUGGAGGGAAAGGAUUUGUGACUUUUCCUUUUUUUUGUCGUUGUUGUUGUUUGUUCUUCUCUCCUCGUUGACACCGAAGACCCGUGGGGGAUUUCUAGAGUACUUUUUGGUGUCCUGGAAUUUCAUGUUUGGACACCUGAAGACAUAAAGUCUGCCCUGGACGGACAUUACAUUAGGUGAGGAAGGAAGCGUUCCGCUGGCGUCCCCGGUGCCGACGUUCCGACGGACGUCAUGCUAAGGCAACAUGUCGCCUGAGUUAGGCCUCGCUGCCAUGCGCCGCGCCUCUCCGCCCGCAGGGAUGGUGGCCGCGUGGCACUCGCUCUGGCUUUGCAUCCUGCUGCCCGUCUGCGUGGCGGCGGCCAGGCUGCCCGUCACCGAACCCACAGACGCUGUUUCCAGCGAGGCAGCCUUCCUGGAGGACUUUGUUCUGGGCGUGGGGGACACCCUGGAAAUGUCAUGUGACCCAGAGGACUCUGCCUCCUUCUCCUCCUCCUCCCAGCCGGUGGUCUGGUAUAAAGAUGGCGACGGGCUGGUGUCAAGCAACCGCACGCGGGUGGGCCAGAGGAUGUUGCGCAUCAUCAAUGUGUCGUACGAGGACUCGGGCGUGUAUGCGUGCCGACUGGGUCGCAGUAACAUGCUGCUCAGCAACUACACCAUCAGGGUGACAGAUUCCCUCUCCUCCGGUGACGAUGAAGAUUAUGACGAAGAUCCAGAAGAUGCAGGUAAUGACAAUGAAGCACCAUACUGGACCAGGCCGGACCGAAUGGACAAGAAGCUGCUCGCAGUACCGGCCGCCCACACCGUCAAGUUCCGCUGCGCCGCGUCAGGCAACCCGACGCCCAGCAUCCAUUGGCUGAAGAACGGCAAAGAAUUCAAGGGGGAACAGCGCAUGGGCGGCAUCAAGUUGAGGCACCAGCAGUGGAGUCUGGUGAUGGAGAGCGCCGUGCCGUCGGACCGCGGGAACUACACCUGCGUGGUGCACAACAAAUACGGCACCAUCACGCACACCUACCAGCUCGAUGUCCUCGAGCGCUCGCCGCACAGGCCCAUCCUGCAGGCGGGCCUCCCCGCCAAUCAGACGGUGGUGUUGGGCAGCGACGUAGAGUUCCACUGUAAAGUCUACAGCGACGCCCAGCCACACAUCCAGUGGCUCAAACACAUCGAGGUCAACGGCAGCCGCUACGGCCCUGACGGCGUCCCGUAUGUCAGCAUCCUGAAGAGUGUUGUGAGUUACAGCACUGAGGCCCGGCUCACUCUCAAACUGUCCAAUGUAACACACAAAGACGCUGGCAAGUACCGGUGCCGUGCCACUAACUUUGUAGGCAAGUCGGAAAACACGUUCUGGCUCAAUAUACGGCAAGAAGCAGUGAGUCCGGAGAAAGAGGACUACUAUGCGGACAUCCUCAUCUAUGUGACGGGCUGCGUGCUCUUCAUCCUGGCGGUGGUCAUCGUGGUGCUGUGUCGCAUGAGGAUGACCACGCAGAAGACGCUGCCCACACCGCCCGUCCAGAAGCUGUCCAAGUUCCCCCUCAAGAGACAGGUAACAGUGUCCUUGGAUUCUAAUUCCUCCAUGAACUCCAACACGCCGCUGGUCAGGAUCGCCCGCCUGUCGUCCAGCGAUGGACCCAUGUUGGCCAACGUUUCCGAGCUGGAGCUGCCCUCCGACCCCAAAUGGGAGUUUUCCAGAGCCCGGCUGACUUUAGGUAAACCCCUGGGCGAGGGUUGCUUUGGUCAGGUGGUGAUGGCCGAAGCUAUCGGCAUUGACAAGGAGAAGCCCAACAAACCGCUAACUGUUGCUGUGAAAAUGUUAAAAGAUGAUGCCACAGAUAAAGAUCUGUCAGACCUGGUGUCUGAGAUGGAAAUGAUGAAGAUGAUUGGAAAGCACAAAAACAUCAUCAACCUGCUGGGAGCCUGCACACAAGACGGUCCCCUGUACGUCCUGGUGGAGUACGCCUCCAAAGGCAACCUGAGGGAGUACCUGCGGGCACGUCGGCCACCGGGCAUGGACUACUCCUUUGAUACGUGUAAAAUCCCAGACGAGCAGCUCACCUUCAAAGACCUCGUAUCCUGUGCCUACCAGGUGGCCCGAGGGAUGGAAUACCUCGCUUCGCAGAAGUGUAUCCACAGAGACCUGGCAGCCAGGAACGUGCUUGUGACCGAGGACAACGUGAUGAAGAUUGCUGACUUUGGUCUCGCUAGAGACGUGCACAACAUCGACUACUACAAAAAGACCACAAAUGGCCGUCUGCCCGUGAAAUGGAUGGCUCCGGAGGCUCUCUUUGACCGCGUUUACACGCACCAGAGCGACGUGUGGUCCUAUGGCGUUUUACUGUGGGAGAUCUUCACCCUUGGGGGCUCGCCAUACCCGGGCAUCCCUGUGGAGGAGCUUUUUAAGCUGCUGAAGGAGGGACACCGCAUGGACAAGCCUGCCAACUGCACGCACGAACUGUACAUGAUCAUGAGGGAGUGCUGGCACGCCGUGCCGUCUCAGAGGCCCACCUUCAGGCAGCUGGUGGAAGAUCACGACCGCCUUUUGUCCAUGACUUCAACUGACGAGUACCUGGACCUGUCGGUGCCGUUCGAGCAGUACUCGCCCACCUGCCAGGACUCCAACAGCACCUGUUCCUCGGGGGACGACUCCGUCUUCGCCCACGACCCGCUUCCCGACGAGCCCUGUCUUCCCAAGCAGCUUCCCAGCAACGGCAGCAUUCGGACAUAAGACGCCCACUUGGGGGAAGGUCAGACCCUGAAAUUCGCACAAAAAAACACGCCAGUUGGGGGAAGGUCAGACCUUAAAAUUUGGACUUAAGACGCCAGCGGGGGGAAGGUCGGACAAUUAAAUUCGGACAUUGGACACCUCCUUGGGGAGAUGGUCGGACCCUGAAAUUCAGGCAAAAGACGGCACCUGGGGGAAGGUCGGACCCUAAAAUUCAGAACUAAUGUGACAGCUGGGGGAAUGUCGGACAAUAACAUUUCAGACAUAAGACACCACCUUGGGGAGGAGGUUGGAACCUGAAAUCCGGACAAAAGACUCCAGCUGGGGGAAGGCUGGACCCUAAAAUAUGGACAUUAGACAUCGGCUGGGGAAAGUCGGACAAUAAAAUUCCGAGAUAAGACGCCAGCUGGGGUGAAGGCCGGACCCUAAAGUUCAGACUUAAGGUGACAGCUAGGGGGGUAAGGUCAGACCCCAAUAUUCGGACAUAAGACGUCAGCUUGGAGAACGUCGGACCUUAAAAUUUGGCCAUACGAUGACAGCUGGGGGAAGGUUGGACCCUAAAAUUCAGACAUAAGACGCAAGCUGGGGGAAGGUCGGACCCUAAACUUCGGACUCAAGACACCGGCUGGGGUAAGGUCGGACCCUAAAAUUUGGACUCUAGACACCGGCUGGGGGAAGGUCAGACCCUAAAAUUCAGACAUAAGACGCAAGGUGGGGGCAGGUCGGACCCUAAACUUCGGACUCUAGACACCGGCUGGGGGAUGGCCGGACCCUAAAAUUCGGACAUAAGACGCCAGCUGGGGGAAGGUCGGAACCUAACAUUCGGACCUAAGCCGCAAGCUGGAAAAAGUCAGACCCCUAAAAUUCGGACAUUAGACGCCAGCUAGGGGACGGUGCGACCCUAAAGUUCUGACCUAAGACGCCCGCUGGGGAAAGUGGGACCCUAAUUGUCAUGUCAAUGAGUCCAGCCGGAAGGAACAGAGUCUUCAGCCGGACCAACUUUGAAGGAUCUUCACAAAGUCUAUUUUUGUAUUCGGGCCAGUUUUUUCUUAUGGACAAUCUGAGGGAGGGGAGAAGGGGAAUGGGGGGUGGGGGGUGCCAUUCUGUGCCUACUGGGAAAGAAACUUCCGGAUGCUGGAGCAGGAAGUCAAGCGCAAAACCUUUGGGUCUUGAGACUGUGCCAAAGGUUGAAGUACGUCACAUGCAUCAUGGAGACGGUCUUCCAAAGUCCCUCAACCCACGCUCGCCAGGGCUAACGAGCGUGGUCGCCACGCCAACGGGCGAGGUGACAAUCACACGCUAGGAAAUAGUCUAGUGUAAAUACAUCAAUGCAAACAUUAGCGCUAUAUUGUCAUUCACCUUCAACAGCAAUCUACAAGACACUGUCACGGAAAAUCCCAAAAGCCGUAAUGGACUCAUUAAGGUGUAUAUUUGUAAAAAUAUUUAUAGAUGAACACGGCCAGAAAAAAGAUUUUAUUUCCACCUUUGUAACUUAUUUCACUGCAGACCUGCAGGGGUCGCUGCUGCACGAAGACACGGGAGAGGGACACGGCGAAAAGACGACAUAGUUUGGUGACAAGGACAAACAAUGUGAAAAAAGGAAUUAAAAUGUCAAUUUCAGUGAAGGAAAUGAGAGCAAUAAUUAAAAAUACGGGAGAAAGCGGUCAGUUUACCAUGAAAAAGGCGAAAAGACGGAAAAAAAGAGUUACAAAAAGUAUUCGUUUUUCCUGCUGUAAGAAGUGUUACCAGGGACAACAAUGCAAAAAGCAGCCAAUUUACAAGAAAAAAAAAACUAAAUUGUAAGAAAAAAAUCUGAAUGAUAGUUUAUGAUAAAAUGUGGCAAAUUUUCCCAAGCAAUGAAAAACAGUGUCUAAGAGUGACAACAAAAAGGUAUGCUUUUCUAAGCUCUUCAACUUUUAAAAAUGUAAUGAAAAAUAAGUCAAAAGAGUAAAAAGGUGAACAUUUUUGGCAAAGAUGUUGAGGACAAAAGUGGGAAUCAUAAUUACCUAAGUUACAAAAACAAAGUAAUGUAUUAGUUCCUCAAAAUCGGAUGCCAUAAAAUAAUUUGUUUUUUGAUCCUUUCAACUUUUUUAUGAAGAAAAAAAGGCAAAAAGACAUUUGUAAAAAGGUACAAUUGCAGAAUUACGGGGAAAAAAGGUGAAAAAUAUAUUUUUUUAAGUGUUUACGAUAAGUAGUUGAAAAAAAGCCUUUAAAAAAACUGAUUAGGAAAUGAAUUAAAAAAGUGAAGGGGAAAAAGAAGGAAAAUCAAAAAAAAGUGGAAGAGCUAAAAUAGCUAAGUUACGAGGAAAAAUAUGAAAAUAUUAAAUAUCAUUAUGAUGAAAAGUACAUUAAUAUUAAAGUUUGAUGAAGAAAUACAACUUGUAAAAAGAUUCAAGUUACGCUAAAAACAAUUACGAAAGUUUCAAAAGAAAGCAAAUUUCUAUAAUGCUCGCUCUUCUUUAUUACCAUUUCCUUUUCCACGUGUCCCUCAUAGUCUGGCUGGUGUCCUGUGUGUUUACACUUUGAAACAAUCACAAGGCGGCCAUCUUACUUCCGGCUUCUAACGCCGCCGUUGUCCUUUGCCAAAUAUCGCCAAGUCUUUGCUGGCCAAGAGACUUUUCCUGAGGCCUUUAAGUGGAGAAGCAAAAGUCCCAGCAUGCUUUGCGUCUGAGCAGCACAACAAAGCAAUACUUUUCGCGGCCAGCAAGUGGAUGCUUGUUUUGUUUUGUUUUUAUAUGAGAAGAAGCUUUCAGUAUUAAAACUGACAUGAAGUCAUCAUAAUUAACGUUUCGUCCAAGUGCCAAAUGAGUCUUAAAACCAGUCCGCUUUACCGCUGAGUGAAAAAAGUACGAAACAUAAGUGGUGUUUGCUCGCUGCUAAAAUUCCCAACAAGACUGUAUGAGUACUUAAUUUUGUUUUGGGCAAAGUACUUUUUAUUUAAAUCACUCAGAGACGUUUGAAGCAUCAAAGGAUAGCAUGAAACGUCUUCCUGCAAGAAGCUAGCAAACGAUUGGUUUUGAGCGUAAGACAAAGAAGCGGAAUUAAAGGCACUUAAAAGACGUGAAGAAGGAAAAGGAGUCUUAUUUGUAUUUAUUCUUCCAUGCUGUGUCAAAGCUUUCCCUAUGGUGAGAGUGUUUUUAUGCUUUUUCUUUUGGUUGUUUUCAUUGAUUGAAUAGCCAGAUGAUCACCUCACUUGUUACUGCCCCCUAUCUGUUUUCCUCUGUUACAACGUCCUCCGCGCGGACUCAAGCUAAUUAGCCUCUCAGUUUAGCGCCGCCAGUGAAUUUGGAUUUGCAUUAUUCGUCCUAAACGCGCAAAUUGGCGACAGAUAUUAAUGCGAGACGCUAGCGUGCGGACUGAGCACGACGUGUUUAAAACAAACAAUAAAUUAGGGGUUUGAAAAAUGACAUGUCAAAUCCCACUUUAAGUUUUAUCGUCGCUUUUUACUUUCAACGCUGGAUUUUUGUCUUUUUGAUUGGUUUUCUUCAUGCAAUGAUUUCUCUUUUUCUCAUCAGAUUAAUUUAUAGUUUGAAACUUGCUUGCUGAUGUACAUAAGAGACAUAGACCUUGGUUUUUAGAGUUUUAUGUAGCCGUGUGAGCUGUCUUACUUUUCAUUUUGCAUUCCACUUCAGGUGUUUUACGACAAUAGUGACAUAAUUUAUUUGCCUUCCUUCAUCUUGUUAACGUAGAAAAAGCCCAACUAACUGUUUGUUUCAUGAUAAUGACGAUUAUGAUGGAACGUUCCACCAUGUUCAUGUUUCCUGUCUGAGAACGACGCCUCACAAACUAUGCUGUUUUCAAUAAACAUCUUAUAUGUUGUCGUAUGAA